AUGAAUUUUAUGAAACUGAUACAAUUUUCAUAUAACGUGUAUUCAAAUCUUAAAAACAAUAGGGCUCAUCUCUUUAUUAUUGCACCAAAUCCGUUUGAUGUUAAGUUUAACAUACCUGUGGCCAAUUCUCCACCUGAAAAUGAGAAGCAGAUCUUUGAUGCUAUCUUGGAAGGGAAAUUAGAUCUAGAAAGCGCACCAUUGCCUUCUAUUUCAGUUGCUGCAAAAGAUUUGAUCAGGAAAAUGUUAGCCUAUGAACCUAAGAAACGCAUCACAGCUUCUGCUGCCCUUGAACACCCUUGGAUGAAGGAAGGGGGGGAAGCAUCUGACAAGCCUAUAGACAAUGCGAUUUUAAGUAGGAUGAAACAAUUCAGAGCAAUGAACAAGAUGAAGAAACUUGCUUUAAAGGUGAUAGCACAAAAUCUUUCAGAGGAAGAAAUCAAGGGCCUGAAACAAAUGUUCAACAAUAUGGAUACGGAUCGCAGCGGCGUAAUCACUUUCGAAGAACUGAAAUCUGGUUUGUCCCAAAUAAGUAUGGUUAACUUUUACAAGGAUGUUUAG